AUGGCAUCCCUAUCCUUUACGUACCUAUUGCUGCCAUUUCUCUUCACCAUCCUCCGUUUUCCUGCUCCUGUGCUGUCCUACGUGAGCCCUGACGCGAGGCUUCACCACGUGCAAAAAGAAACUUCUAAAUACCGAGUCCACAUAGUGCUCGUCGAGCCGCCUCCCGAAACAGACACCCCACGCCAUCACUGGGAAUCCUUCUUGCCAAUCACCUUGACGGACUCCGGCGAGCAACGCCUCGUGCACUCGUACACGGAGGUGUUCAGCGGGUUCGCCGCGAGGCUGAUCGACUCCGAGCUGGACGCGGUGACCAAGAAGCCAGGGUUCGUGAGCGCGUUCCCGGACCGCACGCUGCAGCUCGCGACGACACACACGCCGGCGUUCCUGGGGCUGACGCGAGGCGCUGCUGGGUUCUGGAACAGCUCAGGGUACGGGAAGGGAGUCAUCGUCGGGCUGCUCGACAGCGGCAUCCACGCGGCGCACCCUUCCUUCGACGACCACGGCGUCCCACCGCCCCCGGCUCGGUGGAAGGGCGCGUGCGCGCCGGGCUCCGCGGCCCGGUGCAACAAGAAGCUCAUCGGCGCCAGGUCGUUCGUGGGGGGCGGAGACGACGGCGUCAGCGACGAUGCCGGCCACGGGACGCACACGUCGUCCACGGCGGCGGGGAACUUCGUCGAUGGCGCGUCGCGAGACGGCCUCGCCGCCGGCACGGCGGCGGGGAUCGCUCCCGGCGCGCACGUCGCGAUGUACAAGGUGUGCGUCCUGGAGGGGUGCGACAGCUCGGCCAUACUCGCUGGACUGGACGCGGCGAUCAAGGACGGGGUGGACGUGCUCUCCAUCUCCCUUGGCGGCAGCGUGAGCUUCCCGUUCGACCAGGACCCCAUCGCCGUCGGCGCGUUCAGCGCAGUGUCCAAGGGCGUCGUCGUGGUGUGCGCCGCCGGCAACAGCGGCCCCGCGCCAUCGUCCGUCGUCAACGACGCGCCGUGGAUCCUCACGGUCGCCGCCGGCUCGGUGGACCGGGCCCUCGAGGCUGACGUGGAGCUUGUCAACGGCCCCCACGUCGCUGGAGAGGCGCUGACUCAGGUGAAGAACUCAAGCAGCCCCAACAAGAAAUAUCCUCUCCUCUUCUCCGAGGAGCGGCGCCACUGCCAGUACGGUGAUGACAGCAGCAUCGUCGCCGGCAAGAUCCUGGUUUGCGAGGCCACCGACUUGCCGACCGAGAUGUCCAACAUCCGUGACCUACUGAGCGCUGGCGCGGCCGGCGUGGUGCUGACUAACUCCAACACCAGUGGCUACACCAUAGUCGUCCGGGACUACGGCCCCGGCGUCGUGCAAGUGAGCACCGCCGCUGGAGUCAACAUCACUCACUACGCGACAUCCACAAGAAGGAGUUCCUCGGCCGCCGCCGCCUUCUUCACGUUCAACAGCACCGUGCUCGGUGCCCGUCCGUCCCCAACCGUGGCCUCGUUCUCCGGCAGGGGUCCGAGCGCGGUCACCCCCGGCGUGCUCAAGCCUGACAUCCUGGCUCCGGGACUCAACAUCCUCGCAGCAUGGCCACCAGCACUGGGCGAGACGGAGACCAGCUCCAGCAGUUCCGGCGGCUCCGGGAGGUUCAACAUCAUAUCCGGCACGUCGAUGGCGACGCCGCACACCAGCGGCGUGGUGGCGCUCGUCAGGAGCGCCCACCCGGACUGGUCGCCAGCGGCCAUCAAGUCAUCCAUCCUCACCACGUCCGACGAGGUUGACACCAACGGCGGGCCCAUCUUGGACGAGCAGCAUGGCAAGGCCGGCGCACACGCGACAGGAGCCGGACAUGUGAACCCCACGAGAGCCGCCGACCCCGGGCUGGUCUACGACCUCAGCGUGCCAGAGUAUGCCGCCUACCUCUGCGCGCUGCUCGGCGACCGCGCCCAAGCAACCAUCGUGCGGAACGCGAGCCUGAGCUGCUCCAAGCUGCCCAAGACGGCCGAGGCGCAGCUGAACUACCCCACCAUCACCGUGCCUCUGCAGCCGACGCCGUUCACGGUGAACCGGACGGUGACCAACGUGGGGCCGGCGGCAUCCACGUACACGGCGAAGGUGGACGUGCCGGGGUCGUUGAAAGUGCAGGUCUCACCGGCGACCUUGGUGUUCUCCAAGGCGGGAGAGAAGAAGACGUUCAGCGUAUCGGUGAGCGGCCAAGCAACCGGGGGGCAGGAUGUUGUGCAGGGGAGUUUGAGCUGGGUGUCUGGGAAGCUUGUGGUGCGUAGUCCGGUCCUCGCCGUCGCUGGCCUCAACAGAUUCUAA